AUGAACAAACUGUGACCGCCCCAAACCGGAUUAAAACAGAUUAAAUCCGCGGUACCAGCAGGACCCUGACCCGGAGCGGGAUCCGGAGCGGAUGAAAGGAGACUGAACUCUGUGUCUGGUCUGGUUUCUGGGAGUUUGGAUCCGAAUCCGGAUCAUGGGUCAGUAGGACGGACGGACUUUGUGGAAACUUAUUUUGUUUCCAUGGAGAUGAUAGCUUUUCCCGCCAGCUGAGAUGUUGAUCACUCUGAUCGAGAAUUGAUACCCUGAUAGUGUAGCCUAUUGAACGUGUAUUGAUCGGCGGGAUGGCCACGCUCCUACUGCUGCUGCUCGCGCUCUGGACUUGUGGACACGCCAAGAGCGCGUUCCCGCUGCGACCUUCCUACAGCCUGUACACUGGCGGGCACGCGCACAGUGCCCGCGCGACCAGCAGACACAGGAACUGGUGUGCAUUUGUGGUGACAAAGACGGUGAGUUGUGUAGUUGAGGAUGGAGUUGAAACCUACGUGAAGCCUGAUUAUCAUCCUUGCAGCUGGGGGAGUGGACAAUGCAGCAGGGUGGUGGUCUAUCGGACCUACAUGAGGCCGCGGUACAAAGUGGCCUACAAAAUGGUGACAGAGAUGGAGUGGAAAUGUUGCCAUGGUUACAGCGGAGAAGACUGCAACGAUGGUCCAGUUGGUGGAGCAGGAACCCAGAUCUCCACCACCAGACCUCAACCCAGACCGGGACAGGGAGGGGCGACGAGCCACGGACAAGGGGGAGGAGGUUUUGGAUCAGGACCAAGCGGAGGACACGGUGGACAAGUUGAAAGAGAGAAAAUGAGGCAGCUAGAGGAGAAGAUCCUAAGUCUAACCAAGAACCUCCAGGACCUACAGUCCACCCUGAACACUGUGAACCAACGCUUCCAACAGGAGGUCAACAAGCCGGGCUUCAGUGGAGGAGGAGGAGGAGGAGGAAGAAACCCUGCUGAUGCAGCUCAGCCAGAGAUUAAAGAGACGAUUCACAGCAUUCAGACCAAACUGGACCAACUGGAUAACCGCACACAGGCUCAUGAUAAAACCCUGGUCAGCAUCAACAACCACCUGGUGAAUGGGAAAGGUAACGACCUGGACGGAGGUCUCUCUGGAGGAGGACUGAACUCACUGAAGGAGGAGAUUCUGAGGGAGUUGGAGAGGAGAGUGUCACUGUCCUGCUCCUCCUGUCAGGCUGGUGUGGAAGAUCUGCGCCGACAGCAGCAGGAGGACCAAGAAAGGAUUCGAGCUCUGGAGAAGCAGUUGAGUGCUGUGGACGUUCGGUAUCGGCAGAGCCUGGAUGGGCUGCGGCGCGAUGUGGUGCAUUUGCAGGGAUGCUGUGACACUGUCGAUGACCUCCAAGACCGCAUCACUGACGCUGAACGCAAGAUCAGCUCAGCCUCAGAGAACUUCGAUGUUCUGCAGAACCGCCUGAACAAGGAGCUUAGUGGAGGAGGAGGCAGCAGCCACAGUGAGAACAGCGGGUCCAGAGGAGGAGGUCUCGGUGGUGGUAGUGGAAUCGGCAGAGGUGGAAAGGACGUUUCGGUGACAGAGGACAUGUUGGACAAUCGGCUGAGGGACCUGGAGUGGCGGGUCAACAACACUGUGCAACGAACCGAGCAGAGUUGCUCAUCCCUGGAGAAUGAACUAAAAGACUACUUCCAUAAAGAACUUGGGGACCUGAGGACUGUGUUCCUGGAUCGGUUCGAUGACCAGGCCUUCAGGAUCGCAGAUGUGGAGCUGGAUGUGGGGCUGGUGAAGGCCAGAGUGAGCAACCAUGACAAGAGGCUGACAAACCUGGAAAACAACACCUCCCUCAUCAACCGAAUGCUGGAGAAGUGCAGCUGUGGAGGGCCGGAAGAAGGAGGAGGUGAUCGAGGAGAUGUAGGAAGGUGGGGGGGGGUAGGAGGAGGAGGAGGAACAGGGGGAGGAUUAUCUGGGACAGGAGGAGACAGAGAAAAUACAACAGAGAAAUCAUUGGAGUGGAGAGUGGUGGCCAAUGAAGAUCGGAUUCAACAUUUUAACACUCGACUUAAAGACCUGUCGGUGUCCGGAGACUCUCUGCACGACAAAGUUCUGGAUCUGAGCCAUGAUGUCCGUAAGAUCAAGGCUCUGACAGGCGACCACGGUGAACACUUUAACCGAAUUGUGACGGAGGUGGAGCUGCUGGGGCAGGACAGCGAGCUGUGCAGGAAGGUGGAAGAUGAGUUGGGAAGGCUGAAGAAUCACUCCCAUGAUACACUGGGGCGCAUGCAGAGCCACAUCAGCAGACUACAGAUCAGACUGGACUCAGACAAAGAAGGCUGCUUCCAGAUCUGUUCACACCUGCAGAACGAAGUCCACCUGCUGCGAGAUGAUGUCAGAAGGUGCACUGGCCAAUGUAAGACCAGCCUGGACACGCACACAGGAGCUGGUUCUUCUGGUUCUGCUGGUUCUGGUAACACUGGUAGCAGUGGUGCUAGUGGUGGUACCAGUGGACCUGGGACUGGGUUGGAUGCUGAGAAGCCUUUAGAUGGCCACAGUGUGAUUGGAGGCUCCAUCAACAACAACCAACUGAAGACGCUGCAGGGCGAAAUGUCUGAGGUCAUCCUCACCUUCAGCUCCAUCAACGACACCCUGAAGGGGCUUGAACACACGGUGCAGAAACAUGGCAGCGUCAUCACAGACCUCGGAAACACCAAGGAUAAGAUCAUCUCUGAGCUGGACAAGAUCCAGCAGGAGGUGACAGAGCAUGUGGAGGAGAGCCGGGACCGUCUGGAUGGGAUGGGCCACGACAUCCGGCGGUUUGAGAGCACGCUGCUGGUGGAGAUGGGAGACUGUAAGAGGUCUGGAGACGGGCUGGAGAAGAGGCUGUCGAAGCUUGAGGGCGUCUGUGGGAGACUGGACGGCGUCUCUGACUCCAUCCACAAGAUCAAGGAAGGACUCAAUCGACACGUUUCCAGUUUGUGGACAUGUGUCUCUGGUUUGAAUGACUCGGUCAUCCAUCAUGGAGGAAUCCUGGAUUUUAUUCAGAAGAACCAGGACAACGUCCAGAGCAGGAUGAAGAACCUCAAUUCGAGUGUGAACCAGGUCCUCAAAGACCUUCAGAGUUUCUCUGACUACAACCUGACCGGCCUUCCUGGACCCCCAGGAGAAAGAGGCUUCAAUGGAUUGCCAGGUCCCCGGGGGCCCCCUGGACCUCCUGGGCGACAGGGAGAGAGUGGAGCACGAGGUCAGCCUGGUCCCAGAGGUGAAGCAGGCAUGCCUGGUGCUGAUGCUCAUGUACCCCGACUGUCGUUCUCUGCUGCCCUCACUGUCCCCAUGGACAGAGCUGGAACCAUCGUCUUCGACAAGAUAUUUGUCAAUGAAGGAGAAUUCUACGACCCCAGAACAGGUGUUUUCACCGCCCCUGUGGACGGACACUACUUCUUCAGUGCCAUCCUGACAGGCCACAAGAACGAGAAGAUUGAGGCGGUUCUGUCAAAGUCUAACUAUGGCAUGGCACGGGUGGACUCUGGAGGCUACCAGCCUGAAGGCCUGGAGAACAACCCUGUGGCCGAGGCUAAAACCACCCCCGGCUCUCUGGCCGUCUUCAACAUCAUCCUGCCUCUGCAGACUCGGGACACGGUCUGCAUCGACCUGGUGAUGGGCAAACUGGCUCACUCUGUCGAGCCACUCACCAUCUUCAAUGGUAUGCUGCUGUACGAAGACCAGUGACGGGUUUGUUCCAAUGUCUGAGAGAUGACGAGGCGGUGACAGGAAGUGUAAUGUCACUGAUUCAGAGUGAAGACAAUAUUUGAAUAUGAACAGAUUUCUGUCACAAUGUUUUAACUAUGUUAUUGUUCUAUUGACUCUUUGUUUCUUCAUGCGUGGACAACAGCAGGAGUCCAUUAACUGUCUGACAGCUUUAAUCCAAUCAUCUGAUCCGCUGUGGUCACAUGACCCGACCUCAGAGCAGCAGUGUGAGGACACGUCUCUGUAAACCAGGAUAAGCCCUGCUUCCUGCUGCUGCGCGAAACGACUUUUUGGAAGUACGUGACGUCCUGUGGUGGAGAAUUACAGUACUAGCAGUUUGUAGUGGUGUUAGCGCCCCCCACAGGCCACAGAGGUAAUGACAGCCGCAACACAAACAAACAACCCCCUGAUUUAUUGAUUCUGCCAGUCUGAACAGCAGCGGAGCUGAGGGUGGUCAUUAAGGUCAUUAAAGGACCACAAUCAGGACAUUUAUUGAUCUGAUUGGUAGAUAUUUAGAUACCUAUCUGUUUAUGAUCUGAUUGAGAUAAGUGUUUGUGGAUCAGUGUAUGAAAGUGUUUGAAAAACAAAGAAAGCUUUUUUACUUUCUAGAAGCAGAAUGUGUGUUUUAUAAGCGAAGGUUCAUGUUGCGAAUGUUUUAUAUUGAGCUGCACCUUUUUUGUUUUAUUUAAGCCAUUAUCACAAAAUGUCACUUUUAUAGACAAAUGUUAACGGACAAGGCUGUAAACACUCAGUAUUUUCUUACUGUCAACAAAUCACAGUGGUGGAGAGGAUAUUCAUUAACUGUAGUAAUACCACACUGUAAAAAAUACUGGGUUACAAAUAAAGUCUUGCAUUCUAAAUGUUAUUUAAGUAAAUGUACAGAAGUUUUAUCAUCCAAAUGUACUUAUAUUUAAUAUAAAAGUACUUAAUGUAGAAAGAUAUAUCGACGAUAAAAUAAUAUCAUAUGUAUUGUUUUAUUAUUACAAAUCAUAUGUUUUGUUCUUAUCUGUAAUGAACCUGUCAGAUAAAUGUAGUACAGUAGAAGUAUUAAGUAUCAUUGUGUGGAAUUAUUGAAGCAAAGAACAAACAUCUUCAGCACAGGAUGUGAGUAAAUGUUCCACCACUGGCAAGACUCAAAGCAACAGUAUGUUAGUCCGUCUCUCAAUACAGUCCCUCUUCGGUCUGUGUCUCUCAGCUCUGAGCUCAUCGGUUCCUACUUACACUACCGGUCAAAAGUUUUAGAACACCACACUUUUUCCAGUUUUUUACUGAAAAUUAUUCAGUUUAUUGUGUCAUUGCACUCUGAAAUGAAAGAAUAGAACAAAUAAGCAAUUUGAGUUGAAAAAAUAAUCAAUUUAUAGACCAAAAUGUAUUCUAAACUUUUGACUCAUCAAGUAGCCACCUUUGGCAGAUAUAACAGCUGAACACACUCGUGGCAUUCUUUCUACAAUAGAAAUCAAAUAUUCUUCAGAAAGUUCUUCCCAAGUCUGUUUCAGAAGUUCCCAUAAAUGUGUGGCACUUGUAGGUUGCUUGGCUUUCACUCUUCUGUCCAGUUCAUCCCAAACCAGCUCGAUGGGGUUUAAGUCUGGAGACUGUGCUGGCCACUCUAUGUUUUCAAGCUUACCAUCUUGUCCUUUUUUCCUGAGGUAGUUUUGGCAUAGCUUGGACUUGUGUUUUGGGUCAUUAUCUUGCUGUAGGAUGAACCUCUGACCAACUAGGCGCAUACCAGAGGGUAUUGCAUUGCGCUGCAGAAUGCUGUGGUAGCCGUAUUAGUUCAGGGUGCCGCUCACUCUGUACAAGUCACCGACCCUGGAUCCAGCAAAACAGCCCCAGACCAUCACACAUCCUCCUCCAUGUUUGACAGUUGAUGUCACACACUGUGGAACCAUCCUCUCGCCUACUCGACGGCGUACAAAGAUCCUGCGUGAUGAACCGAAGAUUUGAAAUUUUGAUUCAUCAGUCCAUAAUACCUUCUUCCAGUCUUCAGUAGUCCAAUGGCAGCGUUUCGUGGCCCAGGAGAGCCUCUUUGUCUUAUUCUGACAUCUUAGCAAUGGCUUUCUUGCUGCAACUCGUCCUGUCAAACCUGCAGCUCGAAGUCUUCUCUUCACAGUUGAAACUGAGACUUGCUUACUACGACCACUAUUAAGCUGUGCUUGAAUCUGUUGUCCUGUGAGCCGCCUUCACGCAAGCGCAUAACUCUCAGAGGCUUUGGGUCUGCCAGACCACUUCCUGUCUGUCCUGUGAGUUUCCCCCAGUUUCUGAGUGCCUUUUGAUGGUGAAGAAAACUGUACUCACUGACACCUUGACUUUCUUUGCAAUUUCCAUGUAGGAAAGACCUACAUUUUUAAGUGUUAUGAUAGUCUGUCUCUCUUCCAUUGUUAAUUGCCUUUUUCUCGCCAUUUUUGUAGCAACACACUACUUUCUGCAGUACAAUACUGUUCACCUGAUGCUCAUGAGGGUCUGGUACCACAGUGUGUUCCAACACUGCUUUUAUGCAGACAGAGGGGGUUGUAUGUAGUCACGAAAAGUUGGAACACCUGUAGGAAUUAGUAGCACCAGCUUUCAAGGCUGAUUCAACCUUCAUUGCUGCAGAACAGCUUUAAAUUGUUAACCCACUUCGUGUUCCCUGAAAAAGGCCUUUUUGUAUAAUUCUGAAAUGUACAUUAUUUUUCAGUUUUGGGUAACCAAACCUUUAUUUUUAACCUCUGGCUGUUCAGUACUUACCUUUGUACCAUUUCAAGCUAUUCAUUGGACUUGCACGACUUGAAUUGCAAUAAAUAACUGGAAAAAUUAGGGUGUUCUAAAACUUUUGACCGGUAGUGUAUAUCAAUACACACACAAUCCCUGUUGGUUUAUAUUAAUACACACAAUACUUGUUGGUUUGCAUCUAAGCUUGGGAUUUGUUGACAAAAAGAAAAAUAUUCAGUCUGAUCAGACUUACAGUGUAAAACUAAUGCUGAGAAUUAUGGACAGCGAGUUUCAUCUGAAGAUCAGGAUUGCUUUGAUAAUUAUUAAUAGCUGCCUGAAGAAACAUAUGAACAAUGAAUUUUAACUAAAUGUUUUAAUCACUUAAUUACUACAGCAGAUCAAAAACUCCACCAGCUCCAUUUGACUCUGUUAUCAGUGAAAAGUGAUUUAUGUGUGAUGGUCUCAUAUCAGUAACUCCUCACUGUCUACAGAUAAACUGAUGGACAAAAGGUUCCAGGUAUUUAUAAAACUUAUGUCUGAGAAAAGUAGAUAUGAUUUUCCAAACUUUAUUCUCUGACAGGCUUUUGCUACAAUUCUCAUGUAAACCUGAUUUAAAUUUCAUACUUUUGUAUUGAAUCAUUUUCACUGUCAUUAAAGAAAACACAAGUAA